AUGCCUGAGGCAAAUUAUUUGCUCUCGGUUUCCUGGGGCUACAUAAAGUUCAAGAGAAAAAACCGGGAGCUAACCCAUCUAUCUGAAAUGAGCAGGUCAGGCAACCAGGUCUCAGAAUACAUAUCGAACACUUUCUUAGACAAACAACAUGAAGUUGAAAUCCCAUCUCCAACACAGAAGGAGAAAGAGAAAAAGAAGAGGCCAAUGUCCCAGAUCAGUGGAGUCAAAAAGCUCAUGCACAGCACCAGCCUAACUAAUUCCAGUAUUCCCCGAUUUGGAGUUAAAACAGACCAUGAAGAGAGUCUUGCCAAGGAACUAGAAGAUGUGAAUAAAUGGGGCCUUCAGGUUUUCAGAGUAGCAGAGUUAUCUGGAAACAGACCUUUGACAGUCAUCAUGCAUACCAUUUUUCAGGAACGGGACUUGUUAAAAACGUUUAAGAUUCCAGUGGAUACUUUAAUAACUUACUUAAUGACCCUUGAAGACCAUUACCAUUCAGAUGUGGCAUAUCACAACAACAUACAUGCUGCAGAUGUUGUUCAGUCAACCCAUGUCCUGCUAUCAACUCCGGCAUUAGAGGCAGUGUUCACUGAUUUGGAGAUUCUUGCAGCAAUUUUUGCCAGUGCAAUACAUGAUGUAGAUCAUCCUGGGGUUUCAAACCAGUUUCUUAUCAACACAAAUUCUGAACUUGCCUUGAUGUACAAUGACUCAUCGGUACUGGAGAAUCACCACUUAGCUGUGGGCUUCAAGCUGCUGCAGGAAGAAAAUUGUGACAUUUUCCAAAAUUUGAGCAAAAAACAGAGGCAAUCAUUGAGGAAAAUGGUCAUUGACAUUGUGCUUGCAACAGACAUGUCUAAGCAUAUGAAUCUAUUGGCUGAUUUAAAAACGAUGGUUGAAACCAAAAAAGUGACCAGUUCUGGUGUCCUACUUCUUGAUAACUAUUCAGACAGAAUUCAGGUUCUUCAGAAUAUGGUGCACUGUGCAGAUCUAAGCAAUCCAACUAAGCCACUCGAUCUCUACCGCCAAUGGACAGAUAGAAUUAUGGAGGAAUUUUUUCGUCAGGGAGAUCGGGAAAGAGAGAGGGGAAUGGAGAUAAGUCCCAUGUGUGAUAAGCACAAUGCAUCUGUGGAAAAAUCACAGGUGGGGUUUAUAGACUAUAUUGUUCAUCCUCUGUGGGAGACAUGGGCAGAUCUUGUUCACCCAGAUGCCCAGGAAAUCUUAGAUACACUGGAGGACAAUCGAGAAUGGUACCAGAGCACAAUCCCUCAAAGUCCAUCUCCUGCAGCUGAUGAUCAGGAAGAGGGUAAGCAGACCCAAACUGAAAAAUUCCAGUUUGAACUAACACUGGAGGAAGAUGGUGAGUCAGACACAGAAAAGGACAGUGGAAGUCAAGUAGAAGAAGACACCAGCUGCAGUGACUCCAAGACUCUUUGCACCCAGGAUUCAGAAUCCACUGAAAUUCCUCUUGAUGAACAAGUAGGGGAAGAAGUAGAAGAGGAGGAGAACCAGACAGAACCUUGUGUGGUAGAAGACCAUACUCCUAACACGUAA